AUGACCUCUCAGAUGAUCAGGGAGCUGAAAUAUCAGAAGAUGAAGAAGUUUUUACGGGGCAGACAUGGCACGAUGAUUGAUAUUUUACUCUGGCUACUUUGGGUCAACAAUGUAGUCGAUGUACCUUCAGUGAAGUCUGUCAAACUCAUCAAAGACACUAUUCAACGAUUAUGCGGUAUCCGUUCAAUCCCUUAUGAAGGUGCUCUUGGCCAUAGGUACUAUGUUAACUCGCUGCCUGACAUUAUUCAGCAGGAAAUGAUGAAUCCUCGUGUUCGGCCACUGUUACACUUCUACCCUGAAGAUACCGGUGUGGAACUGAAUGAAGCUCGACAAGCUAAAUGUUGGCUUGAGGAACUUGACCCGGAGCUGCUUACGCCUGUCGUCAGACUGCACAACCAAGAUUUCUUUGUUUUCGAGCCUGCAUUACUAUUGAGUGGCCAAGCCUGUAUUCCAUUUCAGUGGUUCAUAUGUGGCGGGAAGAUGUGCACUAAAGCUUGGUCAUUGCAGCCUGUCACUCGUGAACUGGAUUGCGGUUGGGUUGUAGAAGAUUUUCAUUCAUUUGAAGUAUCAGAAGAUGAUCUUCUUGUAUCAUUCCGAAACUGGGAUUCGAGCGAAGCCACAUCCGGUCUACCUCGUGCAUACUCGAUAUAUGGUGUAGAACAUGAACUUAAUGGCAAAUUGCAGCCAUGGACAUUAACCAAUCCUUCUGAAGGCAAUCAAUGGUGUGUUCGGGCAUCAGGUGCUCGCGUAUACGCAAUGCCUCUCUGGUUAUACUGCGACGACACAUCUGGAAACUUAUCGAAGAAGUGGAACAAACAUAAUUCAUUUCUUUUUACAGCUGCAGGAUUGCCACGAGCAGAAGUCCACCAAGAGUACAACGUCCAUUUUCUUUGUACAUUGAAUCUUGCCCCUCCACUUGAAAUGUUGGAUGGUAUUGUAGACCAACUUGAGGAAUCAUGGAAGCAAGGCAUCUGGGCCUGGGACUGUGUCCAUGAGGAGUAUGUUCUUGUCAUCCCGUCCAUCUUGGCCUUGCUCGUGGACAACCCCAUGCAAAGUGAGAUGGCCUGUCAUAUCGGGUCAAUGGGAAAAUAUUUUUGCCGUAUCUGUAAAGUGAAGGGGCACGAUGCAACCUAUACUACCGAUGCUCCUCCAAAAUCUACACGGAAACGAGCAAAGGAGACCAUGGAGGAGAUGGCGACACGGGUUAAGCAGUUUGUAAAGAUAGGAGAACCACGUCACAAGGAUGAAACUAUCGCUGAACUCAAGUCAAUGUUCAUUCAUGCGUCAACAGUCAGGAAUCAGACCCAGAUCAAACAAAGGAAGACUUCUACGGGCAUCAAGGACACCUUUCUGGACUCAUUCUUGAAUCGCCUAGCUGAAUCAUACUGCAAAAUCCGGGGUGGCAAUAAGGCAAAACAGGAAGCGCUUGAUAGAGUUAAAGAGACACUGCCCGAAAAUGUCAUAAGUCCUGUGUGGCGAAUCAAAGUCCUUCUUGGAUUUGUCAAAUACCUUUGGCGCGAUGUUGUCUCUGUGAGAAUCGGAAAAGACAAAUUGAAGCGGGAACUUUUAGAAACUCGCCUAUCAUCUGUUGACGUCUCAGGUCUUGGACUCAGCCAUCUCGCUGGUCACACCCUCGUUCAAUAUGCAGGGUCUCUUGUUGGUCGUGAUUUUCGUGCUAUCGCACAAGUUGCACCAUUUGUGCUUCAUGACUUGGUACCCACAGAAUGCUAUGAUACUUGGGUUGCGUUAUCAAACCUAAUACCACUCAUCUGGCAGCCUGAAAUCGAAAACUCCAUGGAACAUUUACGCAAUCUUACAACAUCGAUCAAUAACUUUCUUGCGUGCACCGCCAGGUCGACUCCCCGAUGGUUCAAUAAGCCUAAAUUUCAUGUUCUAUUACAUGUCGUUGACCACAUUCGACGAUUUGGACCAGCUGCUUUGUUUGCGACAGAGGCAUUUGAGUCCUUCAAUGCUGUCAUUCGUGCAAAAAGUAUUCAUUCAAACCACCGCACUCCUUCUCGGGAUAUCGCACAUUCUUUCGCCCAUGGAAGUCGGAUUUGUCAUAUUCUCUCGGGGGCACGAAUACUCAUGCAUGAUAAUGAUACAAAUGACAUUCACUCUGAUUCUCCCGAACUUAUCCAAGCCUCUAAUCCCUCAUCAGACAAGCCGCCAGAUGCCAUAAACGUCAAAGUUGUUGGAAAGGGUCCAUUGUCACUUGUUCAACAGCCAAAUAUUAUUACUGACUACCUCGGACUCGACACGCAUGCUGACACUAAAAAAUAUGGACAUAAUUUCCGUACUUGCAAGUCCAUGGUGCUUUUCAAUGGGGAUGUUUGUAAGAUAGGAGAUUGGGUUCUCAUAGCGGAUGGCACAGCAGAGCAGUCUCCAAUUGUAGCAUGUAUUCGAGAAAUUAUUCAGCGCCAAGGCUUGGAUGCAGAUAACCUUCUGCGUCCAGAUGCAAUUCUUCUGGAACGCGGAAGUGUUGGCGAACCGGCAGCAUCCUACUCUAUGCCCGCAGUCAGGGCACAUGGUGGUUUUUUGCUCUAUCCUGUCGAGCAAAUUUUAUGUGCAGCCAAUCUGCAGCAUCAAUGCCGAGUACACAAAUGCACGAGCUUGGCUUCCGAUGUUGAAUUUGUUUAUGAAGAACAGGCGAAGACAUCAAAAGCUAAGGCUGUGAUACAUCACAUCGGGGACCCUGAUGACCUUGUUCUCAACACCGCACGGAUGCAAGACGCAAAGCACAUGCAGGGCCUUCGGGUACCUAUUCAGCCGCAAGAUAUGAACCUCGCAAUCCUCGAGGGUGCUGCGAGGGAGAUUUGGACACGCAAUGACACCACUGGUGGAGCUUCCACGACAUCUAUUAUAGCGGCAGCACAUGGACCACGUGCUCAAGGCCGACAAGUUAAUAGAUCACUACAGCAACACCAGUCUGUAUUACAAGUUCAGUAA